GACCAUCAGAGUUUUCUGCCAAACACUGGUUGUAGAAAUGUCUGCUGCCAGCUGUCUUCAUACUGAAGAUCAGUUCCUGUGCUCCAUCUGUCUGGAUGUGUUCACUGAUCCUGUCAGCACACCAUGUGGACACAACUUCUGUAAAAGCUGCAUCACUGAUCACUGGGAUGUUAAAGUCCAACAUGAUUGUCCCAACUGUCAAGAGGUCUUUUACAGAAGACCUGAGCUGAAGGUCAACACCUUCAUCUCUGAGAUGGUCGCUCAGUUCAGACAGUCAGCUCAACAGGAAGCCAGCAGCAGCAGCUCAGAGCAACAAGUUUCCAAACCAGGAGAAGUUCCCUGUGACGUCUGCACUGGAACUAAACUGAAGGCCCUGAAGUCCUGCCUGGUGUGUCUGGUUUCUUACUGUGAGACUCACCUGAAGCCUCACCUGACAACCACAGGUCUGAAGAAGCAUCAGCUGAUCGACCCUGUGGAGAACCUGGGAGGCAGGAUGUGUGAGAAGCACAACAAACUGCUGGAGCUGUUCUGUAAGAACGACCAGAUGUGUGUCUGCGCACUGUGCCCCUACUUAGACCACAAGACACAUGAUGUUGUUCCUCUGAGAGAAGAAUAUGAAGGAAAGAAGGCCGAGCUGGGGAAGACAGAGGCUGAAAUUCAGCAGAUGAUCCAGAAGAGACGACUGAAGCUUGAAGAGUUCAAACAGUCAGUGGAGCUCAGCAAGAAGAAUGCAGACAGAGAGGUGGCAGAAGGUGUUCAGGUCUUCAGCGCUCUGAUGGAGACUGUUGAGAGACGCCUAAAUAAUCUGAUGGACACGAUCAAAGAGAAGCAGAGAGAGACGGAGAAACAGGCUGAUGGCUUCAUCAAAGAGCUGCAACAGGAAAUCUCUGAGCUGGAGAAGAGAAGCUCUGAAGUGAAGAAGCUCUCACGCUCUGAAGACCACCUCCACCUCCUCCAAAACAUCACGUCCCUGAACACUGCUCCACCCACCAAGAACUGGACUGGAGUCAGAGUCCAUCCACCUUCAUAUGAGGGGACUGUGGUGAGAGCUGUGAAGCAGCUGAAGGAGACGCUCAGUGAACAGAUGAAGAAGCUGUUUGAGGCCGAGCUGAAGAGAGUCCAGCAGUAUGAGGUGGAUCUGACUCUUGAUCCUGAUACAGCACAUCCUGCACUCAUCCUGUCUGAUGAUGGGAAACAAGUUCAUCAUGUUGAUGUUAAGAAGAAUCUCCCAGACAAUCCAGAGAGAUUUAGCUCUGGUGCUCAUGUUUUAUCAAAGCAGAGUUUCUCUUCAGGCAGGUCUUACUUUGAGGUUCAGGUCAAAGGGAAGACUGGGUGGGUUUUAGGAGUGGUUAAAGAAUCCAUGAACAGGAAGAUGGUAACAGAACUGGAUAAUGAGAGUAAAUCCUGUGUUAUUGGUUGCAUGAGUGACGGUUGGAACUUCGCUCUAGAUUACCCUCUUGCAGGAUUAACACUGAAGUCCAAGCCUGAGAAGGUGGGGGUGUUUGUGGACUAUGAGGAGGGUCUGGCUUCCUUCUAUGACGUUGAUACUGCCUCUCUUUUGUACUCCUUCACUGGCUGGUCCUUCAAGGAGAAACUCUUCCCAAUCUUUUCUCCAGAGACUAAUGAAGGUGGUAAAAACUCUGCAACCCUCAUCAUCUCUCCUGUCCGUCACACUGAGAAGAACAAAUAUUGA